AUGAUAAAACGCGUUUGCAAGUUUUGUCGCUCCAAGUCUGAUUCGCAACCGGCUUUUUGUUCCAUUUGCAAAGGCCAAAAGGAAUUGCAGCAAUGCUCGGGAUGUCAGCAAUUCUUCCACUCCCUCUGCGUGAAAGAAGCCAUUUCAGGCAAGCAUCGAUGCAAGCUAGACCAGCUGUGCGAUUGCUGCAUCAAAGUCAUGCAGUCGGUUCCCAAAUCGCUGAUUCGCAAAAAGGGAUUUGUCUGUCAGAUCUGCAAGAAGGAAGGAUUAGUAGUGAAGUGUUCUUCGUGCGACCGUUUCUAUCACUCCUUCUGUGCGGAAUAUCGCGAUUUUAGGAAAGGAUGGCAUUGUGGUCACUGCAUGAAUCGAAUCUGUUCUGUUUGUGGCUGUCCUGUGUUCAAUGGAUCAAGUGUGGUUCAGUGCAAGGGACGGAAGAAUUCGUGUCGACAGUAUUUUCACACAAAGUGCGUUGUCUCGGUUUCUGGGAAAGCAUUUGUGUGCGACAAUUGCAAAAAGAAGUGA